ACCAUGGAUCUGGUGUUUGCUGUUGUGUACUCGGUGGUGACUCCCACAGUGAACCCCCUCAUCUACAGCAUGAGGAACCAGGAGCUCAGGGAU